GUGCCGAUUGUUUCCUUGGUUGGUUCGCAUUCCGUCUCUCUGUAUAUCCGUCUGUGGUGUUGUUAUUGUCGUCAGCCGAACAAUUGUGGAGCUACUGACGAGCGUUUGACGUGUUUAUCCUGUUGUGUAUGCGAUUGCUAUCGCCCCACGGCCGCCCCGUAUUGCUUUCGGCGUAAUCCUGCUGUCGAUCCGACCCGUUGCUUCUGUUUUGGCAGCUCUCGUGUGGUGCUUGUUUCCUUCGGUCGCAUGCAGAGUUUCUUUCAACGGCGCGACAAGGACACAUACCGCUGUCACACUAGACUCGGACAAUUAACGGUUACGAACGAGCGAAACUUAUCCAGUGUAACUAAUUAUUCAUUUUUGUGGACUAGAUAGCUAUAAUAUUAAUACUGCUGCCAAUAUACGUGUAUUUACUGUUGCUUUCAUUGGAUCGGCCAUGUAUUGUUUUGGUGCUAGUAAACCAGUGAUCUCCAGUAGACGUUUCCAACUGUACGUUAUUGUGCUCGGAGUUAGCAUGCUCGCUAUACAGUUAGAAGAAGUAAAUGGUCAAACAAGAAGAUGCGGUAGGCUUAAGUCGAUAGCGAACGGCAGUCACACAUAUAUCAAUCGUAAUGGGAAGAAACUCGCUAGGUUUUCAUGUGAUCCAGGAUACGAGCUUGACGGAGGACGAGCUACGGUCGCCUGCAACGGGAGAAAGUGGAUUGACCCAAUACCCUUUUGCUAUGCAAAAACAUGUGAGCCUUUAGCUUUACACCCAAACCUCAUGUACGAAUUGAAAACACCUGGCGGCUUACUUCAAGCACUUCGAUGUUAUCCGGGCUACACCUUCAAGGGUUCAACUACGAUCUUCUGUGACGGUCACCAAUGGAAUGCGUCUUCGCCAUUUUGCAGAGCACGUUUCUACGACCUACCGUAUACAUGCACGUUCGAAAAUAACGAUUGUUACUGGGACCAGGAUCCCCAAGCCACGUUUAGGUGGCUGAAGCACAGUGGAAGCACGCCGACCCCAGGUACUGGGCCGAACAAGGAUCAUACAGGAAUUCCAAAUGGCCACUACCUGUAUGUAGAAACGUCCAGUGAGGGCAGCUCGUACCGAAAAGCAAAUCUAUAUUCGCCGAUGUUAAUGGGAGACCCAGGCUUUCCAGCAGGACAACUCCGCUGCUUCAAUUUCUGGUACCAUAUGCGUGGUGCCACAACUGGAAAUCUAAGCGUAUUGAUUCGAUUUGACAAGUACACACUGGAGGAAGCCAUUCUUGUACAUCGUGUUGAGAGCGCUCAGGGUAAUGACUGGCUUAAAUUUCAGACAACGUUACCAAUUACUAAACUGGAUUACCAAAUUAUCCUGCAAAGCGAGCCCGCAGUCGGCAUUGAGGGUGAUACGGCAUUGGACGAUAUUGCCAUUCUACCAAAAUGUAUCAAACCAGGAGAGGCCGACGUCAAUAUCAUUGACAAAAUUCCAGUGGAGUUUCUCCUUACCGAAGAGGCCACCACGAUGACUCCGGAGACGAUUACGACGUCGGUUAUGUCAACGAUGGCAACGCCAGGAGUCGUGAAGAAUGGGGUAACAACAAUACCAACUAUAAUAACAACAGCAGACGCAGUAACCAUCGAGUUAACAUCAAUAAUUCCCGGAGCGGCGGACAACGCUACCGAAAGCGACGACUCUAUUUUACACAUCGUUGAGUACGCCUUCAACCCCUUUUACGGUGGCGAUGAAGUGUCCGCUAGCCCCGUUGGGGCCGACAGAAGUUCAACACUGGAACCACGCUCGUCCACGUCUAUUGAACCAGUGGCAUCAACAAAGGCACCGCCUCUAGUCACGUAUUCAAGUCCAACGGGUGUCACGUCAGUAUUAGCAAAUGUCUCUUCUGUUUCACAUGGAAGCACUUCAUCCCUCAAUAUCACGACCAAAUCUUUCCUCGCCUUCUUCACGAGAAAACCGUCCGCGAUCACUGAAGCGUCCGCAUCAUCUACGAGUUUAGAGAAGUUUGAUAAUUUCACAACAAAUGCGAAUGCCACCGCGGCAAUGGUUACCAGCUCAGCUAAACUUCGUCACCUUAACAUAGCCAGAGCACCGACCCGCCCCAAGCUAGCAGCACCUCUUCCCGCGCCCCCACCGUCCAUGCAUGCUGACAAUGAGAAGUUUCAUUCUCCACUUUUAACAGCAAGUCUUGCCUGCCUUGCUCUGAUCUUAGCAACCAUCAUAGGAAGCGUCUGUGUAGUGGUCAUCGUCCGACGAAACCGUGGCGACAGUUUCUUUAUUCUCACUAACUCCGAGCCGGAGUUAGUAAUGGACUACAUGACGCCUCGUCCAAAUCCUGAAGGCAUGAUCGAGCCGAUCCGUCCCGAACAUAUAGCUCGUAACAGCAGAAUUCUAUCUUCGCAUACUAAACUUUUUCCACCAACAGCGCUAUAACAGUACUGAUCGUCGUCAGAAAAUCUGCUCUUGGAAUAUUUUUUCCGACAUUAACGCUGCUAUCGCUCAUUGCCCAAUAGACCUCAGCAAUUCAGUCAGUGUUAGCGUAUGAUGUAUUGUUAUAAGUUAUUCCGUCAAAAGCAAAAUAGAGACAGAACAGACCUCGAAAAUGCGACUUAAUAUGUAGGUAGAAAUGUCCGUCGAGCUCUGCAUAGCAGCUGUUUUCGAUCGCCAAGUGAAAAAUAGCAUAGUCUAGCCCGGUUGUAAGAGAGGCUGAGAAUUCGCGCGGCUAAUGGGCAGACCAAUGUUUCCGCGAAUGACCAAGGACCUCGGUCUGAGCUUGCUCAGUUGUAAUCUGGUGACUUCUAGCCUAUUUAUUGUCCUAUUAGAUGCUGACGAUGGCCGAUUCGGGAAGCUGGUCGGAUUUAAGAUCUCGAAAAAGCAAAGACUAACUCUAUUUUGUUUUUGACAGCAGCCGGACUUGAGCGUAUUACUGAUACGAUAAUUUGUGUUUGCCGUUGACGAAGGUGUUGCUCCUAUUAUAUAGUGUCAACAAGUACUACAUCAUCAACAAAACAACCUGUUAAUUGUUGUUGGAGCGCAUAAAACGUAAAUUACGUUUGCCCAAUAUCGAACGUACAUAGGUCAGCGUAAAACAGUUGAGCGGAAUUUAUAAGCCUCCCCAAUUUACCUGAGUUCGGCAAACUGAGCCUCAAUACUUAAAAGCUUAAAAAUAUCAAAUGAAAAUCAAAGGGAAGCGAUAUCGAUACCAUCAUAUUUUUAUUUCUAAUAGACAUUUUAGGACACAGCAUCUGCGUCGCAUUGAAUCAUUUGUGUAUGAGUGGUUUAGAGAACGUUUUACUGAUGAUACGACCUGUCCAUGGAACACGAUCGAUUUUAUCCUAUUAAGUGAGUCAGGAUAAACUCUAAUUAACUUAUUCAAUAUUGAAUUAAUAAGGAUCCCCAUAUGAGUACCGCAGACACUCCCGCCGUCGACGAUAUCGUUCAUUAUAAAGAAAUUAGCGUUGGGAGGCUUUAAUUCGUCAAAAAAGUACCACGUUUCUAAUAAGGCAUAGAGCAAGGUAGCGAUUCGUAAACAUAGGACAUUUUCAUAAUUUCUCGAUUGAAGAGUUCGUUCCAGAGUUUCAGUUAACGGAACUUUGGUCCGUAUGCAUUACGACUUCAUGGGCUAUUUCUUGUACAGAAAUAUCUCUAGAAUCGCGCUUCUCGAAAAAGACCAUUGUAGCAAACUAUCUUACUUAUAACCUAAGGAUUAAACAUUCUGCCUUUGUAUGGCCUGUCUAUGAAUUUUAGCAGUCGUCCACAAGUGAAGAGCGUCGUCGAACAAUAUCGCGUUGAGUUCCUAAAUGUUAAGUGAUUUCCAUUCUUCGACCGCGUGCCGAAACCGCGUUCUGGAGCACUUGUCGAUCAUGUACUUUUUAGGGGUUUAACACUUCGAAGCCUGGAAGGAAAAUACCGUUUCUGACAAUUGUUCAUAAAUAGUGCUCUUAGAAGCUCACUCGUGCAUUGCUGUGUCUUCCGCACAGAAUACACGAACAAGGUACGAGAUAUUUCAAUAGCUGAAUAAAGUUCAAAGAAAAUUUGAAAUAAAUUUUGUUCCUGAUAAUAUAGGUGC